GCCGCAGCCGACGACGUCGUUCUUAUCAAUAUUCAUCGUAGUAAUGUAAACUGUAGUAUUGUACAUUUGUACGCACUAGGCGCAGAGAGUGCGUCCGAAGUUCGAACUAUACGGAAAACAUUAUUACUGCGAUACACCACCUCCUAUUUUACCAAUAUCACGACGAAAUAUUUUAAGCCUUUUAUUUAAAUCAUUAGCGUUUGUUAGUAUCGUUAUUUGAGUAUCCUGCGGGAAGGAAGUACACCGCGAUUACGAUAGUUACGUUCGAUCCGUUUUUGGCUGUUGUAGUCCGCGGACCCGUCACCUGUCGACGAUCGUCGCGGUAUAUUGUACGCACGCGCGCUCGACGUUUGAUUAUUAAAUGCGUUUGCCGAUAUCGUCUGAUCUUUGCUCGGCGUCUGGACGGCGACUCAAGUGACAACACCAACUGUGACAUUUCCAUCGACGGCGUAAGACAGCUCUCGAGUACUCGCGAAUCACUCGAUUUUGUUCCUAGUCGAACGUCCGUCCGCCCGCCUACUCUAAUCCGGCUCCUCGACUUGAACACCCCCUGUGAAACGGAGUCAGCGAUCGACGUCCGUGUACACUAUGCUUUCUGACGAGUUUGAUGUGGAAGAAAACAAUUCCCAGAGUGAUAUAUUAAACGAAGGGAGCAACUCUGAGAAUGUCGAUUUAAGCGAUAAUUCUCUUCAAGUUGUUAUUUCUGACGCUCUCAGUGAAAAGGACAGGGUCAAAUUCACUGUUUUGUCAAAGACAACAUUACCAGAUUUUCAAAGAUCAGAAUUUUCAGUUGUACGUCAGCAUGAAGAAUUUAUCUGGUUACACGAUCAGUUUGAAGAAAAUGAGGACUACGCUGGGUUUAUUAUUCCACCUGCCCCACCACGUCCAGAUUUUGAUUCUUCGAGAGAAAAGUUACAAAAAUUAGGAGAAGGUGAAGGUACAAUGACCAAAGAAGAAUUUUUGAAAAUGAAAAAAGAAUUAGAAGCUGAGUACUUAGCCACAUUUAAAAAGACUGUUGCCAUGCACGAAAUGUUCCUUUCAAGACUAGCUCAACACCCGGUAUUUCGUUAUGAUACAAAUUUUCGAGUAUUUUUAGAAUACGAUCAGGACCUUGCUGUUCGUACAAAAAAUAAAAAAGAACUUUUCGAGGAAAUAAUGAAAUCUCUGUCAAAGACCACAGACGAAUACCUACUUUCUGCAACUGUAAGAGAUGUCAAUGAUUUUUUUGAGCAAGAAAAAAAUUUUCUCAUAGAUUAUUAUGGCCAUUUAAAAGAUGCCACUAUGAAAUCAGAUAAAAUGGUAAACAAGCAUAAAGAUGUUGCAGACUGUUAUAUCAAGAUUUCAUCAUGUUUAGUCCAGUUAUCUACUUUUGAUCAUAGAGAACUAGAUUGGUUCUUGAAUCGAUUUUCCGAAACAUUGGAAAAACUUAGAAAAGUGGAAGGGAGAGUUGCAUCUGAUGAAGACCUUAAACUUUCAGAUACAUUGCGUUACUAUGUAGGUGAUUCAUUUGCUGCAAAACGAUUAUUAUAUAGGCGAUUACGUUGUUUAGCCAACUACGAAACAGCUAAUCGAAAUCUAGAAAAAGCUAGGGCAAAAAAUAAAGACGUUCAUGCAGCUCAAGAAGUUUAUGAUGCGGAGGCAACACAACAGAUAUCAUGUGAAAAAUUUGAAGUCAUGUCUGAUAAAGGAAAAGAAGAAUUGAUUGAUUUUAAAGCAAGACGAGUGUCAACUUUCAAUAAAAACUUAUUAGAACUUGCUGAGUGGGAAAUAAAACAUGCACAGCAUCAAAUAGACAUUCUGAAAACUAGUCUUGAAAUGAUAAACAGCGAAGAAAAGAAGUCAACACUUAACGUCGAGUUGGCACGACGUUAUCACGGGAGCAAUUGUUUUAAUUUAUUUAUGUCUAUGAAUUUAAAUAAUUUAUUUGUGAGUUUCAAUUGAAUGAAACAUAUUGGCAUUGUGUAAUUAAAUUAACUAAGUAAUUACAAUUUUUAUAUAUAUUCUUAACUCAAAAGUAUCAGCUAAUGACGUACAAAUGUUUUGGAAAACCUAUUAUGUUACAAAAUAAAACUGGGUUUAAAAAAAAAAUAGAUGGAUGUAACAUUUAAGUUAAUA